GGCACUCGGUGUGUGCAAUUAAAGGUUUGAUGACUUUGCUUGACUGAUCCCUGCGGGUGUAGCUGGGGACUUGCGCCAUGAAACCGAUGUUAGAGAAAGGUGUCGUCGACGCGCGGUUAAACGUGUAUGGCGUGGCGGGCCUGAAGGUUGCAGAUAUGUCUAUCGCGCCAAAAUCUGUUGGCACGAAUACGUACUCAACGGCACUCCUCAUUGGAGAGAAGGCUGCGCUGAUCAUUGCUGAAGACUUGGGUAUGAAUUGUAGAGAAUACAGAGUGAUCAUGAACAUGUACUUCAGUAGCACGCCCAGAAUGCCAUCACAGGGUAAAAGAGGACGGGAUAUGGAAUCCUUACUUGGACAAUGUAAACCAGCAAUUCUUGAGGUUGCCGUCGACGAGAAAUAA